AUGGCAGCUAAGGAAGAGAAACGAGCCAUAAUCAAGGACGAGUAUGUAGCAGAAUACUAUCCAGAUAUACUCUCUAAUUAUUCAAAUUCUUCUGGAACUAUAUCGUACGAUACAAUUAUCACUCCUCGUCGAUUUGAAGAAAGGGAGAUACGAUAUGCUACCGAGGGAACUGCCGCGAAUGAUCGGCCAUACUACGCACAUGAAAUUGAGCUUCUGCCAGCUCCAGUGAAACCGGAGCCAGUUGAAUGGGACCUGCUUAAAAGGCUGAACAAGUUGCUGGAACAUAAGGAGAAAAACAAGAAAACUCUCGAAGUACAGAGAGCGGAAAAGGGUUCGUUGGAGCAGAGCAAAAAGGUGAUCGAACAAGCACUUCUGAGAUUUCUCGCCAAACCGACUGGAAUGGCUAUGAAUAUUUCUACUGUGCCCAACAGCAAACCAGCAAGACUUGCUAUCAAGGUAUGCCCAACAGAGCAUAUGCGAACCAAAUCGGCGCCGAUUAUAUCCAUGGAAACUCUAAUGAACGCGUUUCAUACGGAUCCAGAAUAUAUCACCGAGGCUGAACUAGUACGGGAACAAACAAGAUUGUUCAAGAAAAGAGUUCGAGAGAAACAACAAAAAGCAGAAGCCAUGGAGUCCACUCGGCCAACUUUUCCUAAGGAUCCUCCCGAGCACGAGUCGCGAUCUUAUGGACCAGCUGCUAUGUCGCAGAAAUUCAAUAGAUCUCUGAAGUAG